CCGUUGCAAAAAUUCAAAGUGAUAAAGACGUCCAAUUCAAAAUCAAAUUCCAGUAAAUCUUCAAACCCCUAAUAAUAAUACCCAAAAUAUUUCCCCGCCAACACCACCCACCCAUAUGGCACUUUCUACCCAGCCACCACCGCUAGAUCCUCCGUCAACCACCACAACAACCACCAUAACCACUAGCACCAUAAGACCAAUUAUCCCAAACCCUAUAAGACCACCCACCCCUCAACCUAAACUGCACCCUUUUUCCCUCCAAUCUUCUCACUACCCACCUACCCAAAACCAACCACCUCAACGCCUACCACCCCUCUCCAAUCCUAAUUACUCUCAAUUAGUACCAAAACCUCCUAACAAUCCCGACCCACCACAUCAUCUUCAAGGCUUUCUCUACCCAGUUGCUUCCUCCGGCCGCGGCUUUUUGCCCAAACCUAGUUCUAGUAAUUACCCCAAUCGGCCCGUUGUUGGCUCUCGACCACCUUUUGGGCUCAAUCAUAUGGAUCCGGGUUCAGUUCCGACCGCUGGUGCGGGUGUUAGACCGACCCAUUUGCAACACUCCCUUGUUGGGUCGUCUCCUACUGCCAAUUCAGCUGUAAUUAAUGGAUUUCCAGUUGUCACUUCUUCUUCGCAUCCUAAGAUUGCUCCUACUCAGCCUUCCAUUUCAGAUUGUAAUGGCUUCAGAGAGGGGAGGGACAGAAGUAAGGAUGACACCUUAGCUAUAAUCAGAGACAGAAAGGUCAGAAUAUCUGAUAAUGCUUCUCUCUAUGCCCUUUCUCGCUCAUGGUUGAGGAAUGGUCUUCCCGAUGAAACUCAGCCGCAAUACAUGGAUGGUGUUAGGUCUCUUCCUAGACCUUUGCCCCUAGCUCCACAAGACGCCGAGUCUCCUGUGAAAAAGGAAGGAGAUAAAGAAGAAGAGAAAGAGGAUGGGGGGUCUGUCGAGCAUUUAUCUCCAAAGGAACUUUUGCAAAGACAUGUCAAGCGUGCUAAAAGGAUUAGAUCACGAUUAAGGGAAGAAAGACUUCGUCGAAUUGCAAGAUACAAAACCAGGCUUGCUCUUCUCCUACCUCCAAUGGUGGAACAGCAAUACAAAAAUGAUCUAGCUUUAGGAAACUAAACCAAUCAGGAUUCACUAAAUGGUCCGUAGGCUCUCUCAUCUGCACCCUGCUGGAGAUUUCAUAUGUCGUCUUCAUAUCCGUCCUCAAGGUCUUUGGAGAGCGCUCAGGUUGGAUGUUGUUAACAUUGUGCCCAAACGGAGGGUUCUGCUGCAAUAGCGCCCAUAGAACUAGCAGGCUUGGUAAUGUCAAUUUUAUUAGUAGUGUUCAUCGAAUCGGUUUUGGUUUGGUUUUUGAUUCUAAAUAGUAUGUUGUACCAAUAUUAUACUGAAAUAAAUGCGGUAUGAUUUGAUUUUUUUACUUCUCA